AUGGCCCAUAUGUUGGGAAACAUAAAAUAUGAUAUGCUUCUCUGAAUUGAAUUUGUUAACAAAGAAAAAACGAAAAAAAACGUUAUCCUUCAUCCGUAACAUGAUCCCAUUACUUCCACACACACCUAGUCUAUUUAUCUUAGGCAGAUAGCCUAGGACUGGAUGUAGGUUAUGUGUCAGCGCCACGAGACACAAGAGUAUUUGAUAAUGAACUACGCGCUUCUAACUUUCGUUUUCCAAACGUCAUACGGUACUACUUCCGUGUUUGACAGUGGAGUACAGAACACGGGCGGGAAAUUUGUGUUUUUGGAAAAUAUCAGACAAAACGUCACGUUCAGAAGACUUGACGUCCUCGGUCGUGGGGGUAGAGUUGACUUUGUAGCUAGUGAAUGGGUCUACGGGUCCCAAUGGAGCUGUCAUUAGAUUUCCUGACGCAUGAGGAGUUACUUCGCUUCUUCCACCGUAAGAAGACGGAGAUCUCGUGCAUAGACCAACCGCACACCUUCCUCAGGCAGUUACGAGACCACGACCUAGUGUCGGAGAAGCUCUACCAGAGAGUGGUUAGGAUGAAGACGAAGGAGCAGAAGAUGAAGGGUGUGUAUGAGGUGCUGGACAGUCUGGAGACAGAUCAAGCAGAGCGUGUGAAGACCUUCUGGGAGUGUGUGUUUACAGACCACAUCCUGCAGCAUUACCCCACCCUCAAACUACUGAGGAACAGCCUCAUGGACGGGUCUUUUCGAGUCAAUGAAAGUCAACCAGAGAUGGAGAGACUGGACAAGAGGAAGAAUACGGAGGGAAAGAAUAAAGACUUAAAAGAAAAGAAGGUGAAGAAGAUGAGUAGACAGAAAAGGAAAGGGAGCAGCACUAGUGGAAGGGAGGAAGGAGAGGAGGAGGAGGAGGAGGAGGAGGAAGAUCAAGCAGGGACUUCUAAAGUCACAACCAGUCAGAAGAAGAAGAAGAAGAAGCUUCAGAAACCCAACUACUGCUCUCCUCUGAGGAAGGGGGGCAGGGAGGAUAUCUGGAACUGGCCCAUGCAUAGGUCCCAGCUACCCGUCACCUGUGGGGACAAAGAGGGCUUUCUUCACAGAGACAAACUGGCCAAAGGAGAUAAAUGCAUUCUUCACGAGGAUCAGUGGUACACGCCAGGUGAGUUUGAGAAGUUGGGAGGCAAGGAGAGGAACAAGAACUGGAAGAUCAGCAUCCGCUGCCGACAAACAACCCUGCAGAAGCUGAUUCAGGAGAAUCACUUAAAGUCUCCACCAGCUAAAAGGAGAACAACUGAAAAAGGACAGAUGAGAAGAGCCCUUUUUCCCCUCCAGCCCUGAGAACUCCAUCAUACUGUCAGACUCCAGUGAAGAAGAGUCCCACAGCAGGAUCCAGGAGGAGGACAGAGAGGGAGACGAG